AUGGCGAUGGAUUGUGUUGAAUGGUGCAGGAAUUCUUGGCAGAAAAGCGUGGAUGCCUACGAGUGGACCAAACAUGCGUGGGCAAAUACAAAGCAGAAAGUUCGGGCAGCUUUCUUAUGGAUUUGGCUUAUGUUUCUGGCCGUGGUGGCCGCUGAAGAAUCUGGUGAGAAGUCAGUGAAAUCUGGAACGGUAAAUGACAUCGAGAUUGAAAAAGAUCCCAGCAAAAGGAUUGAGGUACUAGACGCCGAGAUUGAAGAAAACUCCGGAGAGGCAAAGAGACGCAACCAGGAAAAUUACGAAAUAAAAAAUGGUGCUGCCGAAAAAAGAGAAUCGAUUUCGAUUGGUAUAAAUGAAUCACCAGAUGAAGUCUCCAAUGAUGUAUGGGAUGAGGGUGAUAAAGUCCUUCAAGUGGUUCAAUCAAUUGAUUUCAAAAAUCGAGAAAAGGUAGAAUGCCUGCCGACCGAAAUAAGCUUUCAAAAGCGGGAACGAUACCCGUUAAAAAUUGACGCUUCGGCUUGUACAAUCGUCGAGGAAGAUGAAGAGGAAGAGGAAGAAGAUCAAGAAGAGAAAGAGAAACAAUGGAGAGUUGCAAAUGGAGGUCUCAUUAGGUCUGCAGGUCUUGAGAAUCUCUCUAUCAAAUCUGAAUCCUGCGGCGACGAUCUUCUUAACAAUCGAUUGACGUCAGGCAAGGACGCUGAAAUUAUUGAUGAAAAUAGUGUUAAAUGCGAGGUUCUCUGGCAAACUUUAGUUGCGAAGUACGCGAGUGACGACAAGAUCGAUAAGCUUAGUGAAAAUGAGAACGCUAAAGCCAUGAAGGCUACAUCUUUUGACGAUUCCGAUUCGUCGACUAUGCUAAAGACCGAUUCGUCGACUAUGUCUGAUCUAGAGUUCAGUGUAGCUGUAGGGAAGCGACUUGAAGAAAUAUUAGCGAAUGACAACUUGGAUACCAGAAAAGAAUCGACUGAACCCAACGAAGAGGAAGAAGUGAUGGAAGAUAGAAAGGAGCUGUUUGCAACUCAAAAUAUUGGAUAUUCAAUUGGAGAAAACUUUUCCGCAACACACAGAACCAUAAGUGAUGAUGGAGAGAAGUCACUUCAUAAAUUUAUUCCUCAAAAGACUACAAAACCUGAUAUUCGCAGCCUCAGAAUUGAGACCAUCGAUGAGUCUCAGGAUGACGUUCAGCCUAUCUUCAUAAUUCCAAAAAUUUCACUUCUCGAUAAUGAUGAAGCGCCAAAACCCGAGCCUGGUAGAAAUUCAAGACCAAAUCUGAGGAGUUUGAGAAUUGAAACUUUGGAUGAAUCAGAAAUUGAUGAGCUUAACGUGACUAUCAAAGCUACUGAACCAGUUCGGAUUGAACUUCCUCAGGACGAGAAUGAAACUUUGGUCGAGAGUGAUGCAUGCCAUUCUCAAAUGUACGAUAGUAAGGAAAUUGUUUCUUUCGAUACAAUUCCAAGAACUUUGUUAAAAGAACCAAGAACUGAAACCAUAAUGGAGGAACCUUUAGAAGAAGAAAAAUACAGCGAUGCUACGUUUACGGAACAUAUCUUGGAAACCUCAUCAGAAAAGGAAAUCGAAAAAGACAAACUCAAUGAUGCCGUUGAGUCGGCAGAUGUGGAUGAAAGAGUCUCCGAAGAAGACUAUGGCGAAGAGGUUGCGGUGGUUGCGGACUUCUCUUUCAAGUUGAGACCAAAAGAAAGGGAUACCCUAAAGUUUGGUAUCAAGGAAGAAACGGCUUCUGGAGCCUUAGCAAUAGACUUGGAUGCACGUAGUUCUCCACCUGUCACUGCCAAUACUGAGAUCCCGAAUGUCGAUAAUGAAAUUGAGCGGCCAGUCUCACAAUCGGAUUCUCAGUCAGAUAUGAUCGUGAAUGAAGACGACAUGUUUAGAGGGAAUGUGGCUAGAAAAUCAUCCGGCACUGUGAUUGUGACUUCGUUUGUUUUCGAUGCUAUUCCGUUUUUAACCGAUGAAAUGCCAGUAACGAUGCCUAAUAUAAUUACUGUCGAGCCUGAUAACAACAUUGAUUACGAUUAUCUUCCUAAGUCAGAACUACCAAUAGAUUCUAGUGUUCUCCCCGAGUUUGAGGUAUCAUCAGAAUCCUGUGUGCACCCUGAGUUAGAACUACCACUAGACUUAAAUGUGCCUCCUGAGUCUGAUCUACCACUAGACUCCAACGUGCCUCCUGAGUCUGAUCUACCACUAAACUCCAAUGUGCCUCCUGAGUCUGAUCUACCACUAGACUCCAACGUACUCUCUGAUUCUGAUCCACUACUAGACACUACAGCACCUCAUGAAUCUGAAGCUUCAUUGCCAUCCAAUGCUCUAGUUAUGUCUGACUCGAAACCAGAAUUUGAUAUUCCUUUCGCUUCAGACUCAUCGUCGCUAAAUCUCGAUGUUACCGUCACGUGUGCUGUUCCUGACCCGGAUCUACAAGAUGCCGAUAAACAGGAAGAAGACUUCGAAGAGUUUCUUCACGACGUCAUGAGACCAGUAACUCAAAUGAAGGCAGACGAAGAUAUCGUGUCGAUUGCACCAUUUGACAAUGAAAUACCAGCUCUCGAAGAUCCAAUUGGAGAUAUUCCUUAUGGCAACUUAUUCGCCAUUCCAUUAUUUGAACUCGAGGCAAAUUAUCACCACGAUCUUAUCGAGCAACUUGAGCGUUCAGACGUGGUAGAGAUUAAUGAAGGUAGUGGAAAUCAUGAGGUAAUGGAACCAAAGGAAAUGGGAAAAGGAACCUACUUUACUGAACACGAAAAAUUCAAAACCAUAGGACAUAAGACUGAAUAUUCACAGCCGGAUGGAUUAAAUAGUAAUUUGAAAUUUAAAGUAUUUCCUGUAAAUGAAUCAGAAAGGGUAGAGGCGGAUCGUGAAACGUUAAAAAUGGACGUUGAGCUUGAAAAGAAUAGUACGGAAAAGAAUAAUUCUUCUCAGUCUAUCACCGUUAUAGAUAGAGAAAUUCAAUCAGAAAACAUUGAAAUGACGGAUGAUAAUAUUAAAACUGAAGAUAUCCCCAAAGUGGAUGAUAAUUCGGAAACUGUAAUUAUAUCAAUGGAUGAGCCCAAUAAAUAUGCAGACAAUGCAUUGCAGGAUGACGACUUUACGAAAACAGCAACGAGUGAGCUUAUGCGAGAAGAUAGCGAAUCAAUUCUAGCAGAGAGCUUCAAUAAACAGGAGGAAAACGCAGAAAUCUAUGGAGACAACACAACUACUGAUAAUGGAGUGUACAAAGUAAUAAGCAGUGAUCAACAUACCGUUGAAACUGAAGAACCUUGUAUAAUCUCAGAGGAUAAUGUUCUUACAAAAGACGAGGAAAUGGAAAUAUUUGUUCAAGAUGCGCAGCCGGUGUCUGAUGAACUGGUGAAUGAGGAUCAUGGCAUUGAGAGUACCGCAUCAGAACUGGCUUCUUCCGCUAAUAUUAUUGUCGAUGAUUUCGAAAACGACGAAAGUGACGAAGUCGAUUUUUGGGGGACUAUCCGCGGUAAUGAAGAUGAAGCUGAUGUUUUUCCUGGCAAAGAGACCCAAAGAGAGUUUGGUGAAAAUUAUGCCGCAGAACCCAUAUAUAUUGAAAAUAUAAAAUCUUUCGCUACCACAGAAAACCAUUCUGAUAUAGCGGAAGAUCUUGAGGUGGAUAAUGAAAAAGAUGUUUCCUCCGUGAUAAAUAACGAGGUUGCCAAUGAAGCUAUCAUUGAUGCGACAGAAAAAGUGGCCGAUCUAUCGAAAGUUCUCCAAAACGCAGACGAUGAGGAAGGGCGCAUAAAAUCUACUAUUUCAGUAAAAAAUUUCGAACGACCUGCUAGAAUUAUCGGACGAACAAAGUUUUUUGUCGGAGAAAGUGACGAAAUAUCUGAUGACGAUGCCGAAAAGGACGUGAAAAAUACCGGUACAUUCGUUGAUGAUGACGUUGCUGCUGGAUAUAGUACUACAGGUAAUCUUUUUAGCGAUACCGUUGUUGACGAAACUUUCAAUAUUAUUCUAGAUAAAGAAGCAUCCAUGGAAGCCGACGAGAGUUCCGCCAGUAUCAAGAAGGGUAUUCUCGACACGACAGUCUACGACCUAGAUUCAACCUGUGAUUCAAAAGACGUUUUUGAAGCAGAUUCGAAUGAAAACCGUCAGGCCAUUGCAGAUGACAAUGUAGAAAGUGAAAUGACAAUUGGUGCAAUCAUAGCUUCGCACCUUCGCAAGACAGAAGAGGUAAAUGACGACUUGUCUGAUAUCAGUGAUUUGUUGUCAUCUACCGUCGAACGUAAGAAACAUCUUGGUGAUUAUGAUGAUAAUUAUUCUGAAGACUCGCCAGAUGAAAAAGAUAAGGAUGACCAGCGAUUGAUGACAGUCGGGCUCACUGCCGAAGAGGAAGCUGAGCUCGCAGAGCUCGCUGAAUUCGAUAAAGAGAAAACCGAGGGCGAGUUUAGAGAGUACAUGAGGUUGCCACCUGCCUUGACUCAGCAAGAGCUCGAAGAAUUGGCGCUUAUUCAAGAAGAGAAAGAGAGCGCUCAAGCCACCAGAGAAGCUGAAAGAAAAGAGCUAGAGAAAUUCCUGAGCAUGCCUGUUGGUCUUACGGAGAGAGAACAGCAAGAGCUGGCAGAUUUGUUGGCGGAAGAAGCCGAAGAAAGUGAAAUAUCGGCGGCCACUGAAGAGCGACUCGCAACCUUCUUGGCCGCCGCUCGCGCUGAGAGUGGCCUGGCAUAUGAUGAAGAUGACGAAGAUGUUCUUGACGGUUACAUGAAUAUGCCAGACAGACUCACAGAGGAAGAGGAAAUGAUGCUUAGGGAAGGCACUGAUGGAGAAGUUGAUGUUUACAGAGACGAAGAAUAUCGAGAAAUGAUCCGCAAAAAAUUUCUCUCGGAACUCGAGGAUGAUGAAGAUAGAGUGCUGUUGGACGAGUAUGAAUUUGCUGAACAGUAUGGCUCAGAUUUCGAAUAUGAUGAAAAUUUCGGGUAUGAUGACGAAGAUUUCUUAGAAGAAGAUGACAUAAAAGGAGUUUCUGAUACUAAGCCGGAAGUUAAAUGUGCUGAUAUUAGCAGAGCUGCUGAUAAGCCUGUGGUUCCACCAAGGAAAUCUAAAUCAACGGCGCCUACUGUUGAUAAAGAAUUUUCAAAAUAUAAACAUUUUGGCUCAAAAUCCGCUGAAGCUUCUACCUCAAAGGAAGCCAAACCAUCAAUGUCUAGCGAUCAAAACAAGCAAGAUUCUCAGAAGAAGUUUUUUCGCUUAGGAGCCCUUGGAAUCAAAAAGAAAAAAAAGGAAGAAAUUAUAACGGUUAAAUGUGUGGAGAAUGACUUCCAAGAUCUCAAGUCUGAAGAGAGUGUCAUACAAUUUAAAGGUGUGAAAAAUGACGUCCUAGAUCUUGUCAAGUGCCAAGAGGAUAUUAUCUCGAAUAAAGGUUUGAAUAAUGACAGUCAAGACCUUGUCACGCGCCAAGAGGACAUCAUAUCCGCUAUCAACGGUCAAGAUAGUGCUGAUGAUCAAGAAAAUAUUGGUCAAGCCGGGAAAAUUUAUUUGGCUGACAAUUCUUCUGCCGAUGAUAUCAAUUUCAUAGCGUGCGAUGAAUUUGAUGGAAAUUCAGGUCACGCUCCUCUUCUCAAGAUGUCUUCGCGGGACGAAGAUGUUUCUGUAAGUAAUAAAACUGAUUUUGUUGACGUCGAUCUGAAAAUGUCAUCAUCAUAUUCAUCCACUACAUCACCGUUGAAUGUGACCGCAUCUGCUGAUGAUUUCAAUCUUGAUAACGCGGAUGAUGUGUCAUCAAAUGUUGAUUCAUUUACAUCAUCGAAAAAUGCCUCAUCAUCAAAAUCAGCUUCGCCUUUAUCAUCAGUUGGUGUGCUGAAAACCUGCGGGGUUAGCGCGACUAACUCAGUUAAUUCUGUUGAUUUAACUAAUCAUCUAAAAUCUAAUGGGGUCUACCCUAAAGCUUCAAGUUUAAAUGUCCAGUCUUGCCUUGUUAAAAGCCCUGACAAUGUAAACAUUGAUGUGCUUGAAACCCAUGCCGAAACUCCUGAUCAUUUAAAACUCCAAAUUUUUCACGAUGAUGUUCCAAAAAAAGAUACUGUACAUUCACUUCAUGGAAUGGAUUUUCAGACUGGAAAUCCCAUCUUUGGAUUUAAUGGCGUUAACGGAAAGUCAGACGUUACUGGAAAUAAUUUCCAGUUUCACGAGGAAAUCGGUCUCUACGACGGGGAAACUGAACAUCCUUCGUUGCAAGAUCUCAUCGAAGCUGAACUGUCGAGCCGUUUCAGCUUGCAAAUGGAGCCCGACUCCUUAGAAGUUUCUGCUUUUGCCAAUUUGAAAAAGUUUGAUGAACGUGAAAUUUGCGAAGAUUCAUCGAUCAUUGCACAUGAUUCGUUAGAGCCGAUGACUGGAUGUCAUCCGUACAGCAUGGAUUCGCUAGCCGAAACCGAUGCUGAAAUUCUGAAUCACGAAAUUGUAACAAGCGAAGACAUUGCGGAGGAAAAUGUAACUAAUAAUAUUCAGCCAAGUGUUCAUAUUGAUGAGCCUGAAGCAAUGGAUUUCAGUCAUCUGAAAACUACAGCUGAAGCUGUAAAGCCAGACUCAUCUUCGGAAUUAGCUUCUGAGUUUCCAUUUGAAAAUAAAAUUUCUAAUGAAGCCUCCCUUCAUCUGAAAAUUUUGACAACGUUUAAAAAAUCAACCAGCGACUCCACAGAAGUUGAAACUCAGGCGAUUGCACUUGAUACUGAGGUUUCUGAACAUUCGCCAGAAACCAAAGUUUCAGAAUCUUCACUAGUAGACGAAGUUUCUCAAGACUGUUCUGAAAAAUACCAAGGCGAAUUGAAAAUUAAGUCAGGAAUGAAUGAUGCUGUCAUUGAGGUGGAUUUAGGUUCCUGUAAUGCUAAUCAUUCAUCAUCCAACGUCUGUAAUAAACCGACCGUCAAUUGUGACUCAUUUGUUGGAGCUAAUUUUGCGCAUGAGACGUGCGAAAAAAAUGGUCUGCCAAAUGAUUCCGACGAAUCAUCACCUAACAUUGAUGAAGAAAUCACCCAAUCGGAAGAGAGUGAUGAAAUGAGUGAUGUGGAGAAGAUGAGCGGAGCUGAAAAUGGAGAAGAAGGCGAAGAGAUAAUAGAAGAGCGAAAGGAGUACGUAACAAACCCUGAUGGUACAGUCACUGUGAAAACUAUCAGAGUAAUUUCCACGUACGUCGAAGAGGAAGAGGAGGUAGAAGAAGGCGAAGAAGAGACUAAUAAAGACAAAAUUAAUGAAGAGAAGGAAGAAGACGAAGAGCAAGAGAAAAGUAUUCCUCCCAUGCCCAGUUUCAGCGAUUUGUCGCAAGAAGAGCGUGAAGAUUUCAUGCGUUUCGCAGCCGAGAAAAAACUAAUGGCAAAAAUGGAAGCCGCGGGAUUCGUUCCACCCGCCAAUGACGAUGAAGAUGGAAAACUCAAGAAAAAGAAGAAGAGGCCGGACGGAGAAAAGAAAGGAAAGAAGAAGAAAAAGCGUGGCGAUGGAAAGGAAAACAAGAUGGAAGAUUUGGGUGUUCACGAGCUUUCGUCCACUCCUCCAUCUGGAGAUUCUUUUGAUGAAAUUUCGACUUCAACCAACGACAUAGAAAUUGCAUCCAACAUCCAAAAUUCAAUGCGGGAUGAACGCGCACAACUUUCUGAAAUUUCAAGCAUGGAAAAUGCUUACCCGCCAAACUCUUCAAUCGAUCGAAAUGAAAAUGGUUGCAAACAAUUUGUUGAUGAUGAAGGAAUUGAAGUUAGAGACGUUCUCGAUUUUCAAAAUGACGCAUUUGUUGCCGAAGACGAACGGGAUGCCAAUGUCCAUUCCGCUUCUACUGAAGAAAAUCGCAUAGGAAAAGCAGGCAAUUUCCAAGAAAAUUUUGAUGCCGUUAAAAAUAAUUCCAGACUCACUGAAGAUUCAAUGGAACAAUUGCGUCAUUUUUCGUCAGUUUCUGAACCUGCUGAAAUCAGUAGCGUGGCUGACGAUCAGACUGACUCCACGUCUCAGGAUGCUGACUUGUCACAAUAUAUGGACGAAAAUUCUGAUGUGGAAAUUGAUGAUGAAAUUUCGACUGAAGAGCAAAAGGAUUCAAACUCACAGCUCUUGGCUGAGACUGAGCUCUACAACAUCGAUGUGAAGAAGCUGGCCACGUCGUUUUUGUCUACUGGGAGCGACUGCUCAGUGAACAGUUCUGUUGUGGAGGACUUACCAGCCAACCUGCCGAACAUCUCACAUCUGGUGGAGGCGUACAGAAACAGCAGCCCCAAGACCCCGGACCCCUCACAGCCCUCUGACAUCCCGGCAGGGUUGUCCCUCAAAUCAUUCAAAACAGCAUACGAGACAUGUGCUGCUGGUGCAGAGUGCAAGAAGGCAGACUCGGUGGUGCAAGAUGAAGGCCUUCAUCUCAACUUCUCUCAGAUGCGGGCUGCGUAUUGCAAUGUCAUCAGCCAAUCACGAACCUCCUCGCCUUCCAACAAAUCUGAACUGACCAAUGGCAGAUCAUCACAGAGCAUUAAGGAAUUGACCAGGAGCUAUUCAGACCUCCCUAAGCUUCACCAGACUACCAAGACGAUUCUACAAGAAAUUCCUGGCAUAAAUUCUAAUUCUACUUCCGUACAAGGACAACAUGAUAUUAAAACCUCCAGUUGCGAGACUUUGACGAUCCAUGACAACUCGUACAACGGUACCAACGAUUGCACGACCAUAAAUGUUAUUGGUAACCGCGAUACCAACGAUUUCACGACGAUGAAUGUUAAUGGGAACCGUAAUAUGACGAUCACACGACAAGUUUUCGACGAAUUCAACGUUUCCAGUCACAUCGACAACUCCGACUUUGGUAUUACUACUCUAGAUGAAUCUAGGGAUCGAAGUCCCGACUCAGCUGUUCAUAAUUCAGAUUCAGACGAUCGUAUUUUCAUUGAAGAGUGUAUUCAUGAAUCCAAAAAUCUUGAAAAUUUUAUGAAUGACUCAACUGGUCGCCAUAAUUCACCUUACGAAGACUACCAUAGCGACUUUGAAGACGACGACUCGGAGUCGAAUUCUGGUAAUUCGGGCACUUACGAGUUACGAGAUUCACUGAACAAAAUUUUGUGUCGUAAUGGAUGGUAUGGUCGUGAAAACGACGCUUCUUCGACCAUCUUCAUCUCCGUACGACAGCUGCGAGCAAGCUACGGUGACCUCACAGCGCUGACUGACACGUCUACUAACGAAGCAUCGCUCUACGAUAAAUUAAAGCGCGACGACAUCCUCGCUAAACACGUGGGCCCUCGCGUGCGGUCUUUCGACUCCGCAAAAAUGAAAACCAAGUUCGAAAAACCGAAGGAGCCGACGAUGGUGUCAAGCGACUGCCGUGCCUGCGGUAAGCAGGUCUUCCAGAUGGAGAAGAUAGUAGCGGAGAAGGCGUCGUGGCACAAGAACUGCUUCCGCUGCAAGGAGUGCAACAAAAACCUUACGCUGGAGACGUACCAAAGUCACGAAGGCACGCUGUACUGCAAGCCUCACUUCAAGGAUCUCUUCAGACCCAAGGCUGUGGUUGAAGAUCCUACCGAGGCUCGCAAAGAACGAUUGCUGAGGCGACCCAAGCUCAUAGUGCUGGAGUCUAAUCCAGUGGAGCUGCCCGACGACGUCGUGCGGGCGACCAGCAAGCCAGACUACGGGCUGGAGGAGCUACAGACGCUGAACGUCAAGCAGCGUUUCUCAAUCUUCGAGAACGCGACGCAGGAGCAGGAGGUCAAGCUCGAGCCUGUCUCUGUCAGGCGUUCACAGUCUCUGAUCAGUCGCGCUGCUAGAUUCUUAGCACAGAAUGGCAGCGAAGAUUACGGUGUGGAUAAUUGCGAGCUCGGCGAGUACGAAGAUGAAGAAGAAGAGGAAGGAGACGUGGAAGAGGGAGAAGAGGAGACGGAAGAGGAAGAGGAGGAGGAGGUGGAAGAAGGAGUGGACGAGGAUGGACAGCCAAUAAUAACAAAAACUACAACAAAGAAGAAGAAAACGAAACGGGUUAUCACGAGCGGCAUGAAAGAUGCGUACGAAAAGCGCAGUCGUCGCGACGAGAUGUCGAAAAUGCGCAAGGAGGAACUGGGGCGAUUCCGACAGAUGCUAUGCGCGGGCAAGAACACUACAUUAAAGGAACGUUUCGAGUCAGGCCAAUUUGAAAACGAAGACAAAAAUCACACAAAAAAUAAAGAAGAAAUCAAAAUUGACGAAAAAAGGGCGGCCCGAAGCCUGAAAGAAAAAUUCGAAAAAGGUCAGCCAUUUUGUUUGGACGAAGAAAACGACGACGUCGGCCGCCGCCACGUAGGCGAGAAGGAAGAAGUCGAGGAGAUCUUCAAGGAAGCUGGUGAGGCUGGACGACUGCACGAACCUCAGACUCCAACCGGGGACAUCGUUCGUUGUCAUGACGCAGUCGACGACGACCCACAAGUCGAGACCCAGGACUUGGCCUCCAAGUUUAUGUUCUUCGCGACGUUCGAGCAACGUCAGAAGCAGGAAGCCGAGCGCAAGAGAAAAGUUUUUCGCAUCACGCCACCACGAGAGGCCCAGGUGCCCGAGCUGCCGCCCGAACUGGUGGCCAAAACCAUGAGACGUUGCAUGGCUGUUAAUUGUGCUGUGUGCAAGCUUCGGGGUCUCGCUACCGAUGACGUAGAACUGGGCAGGGAUCCCAACCUGAUUCGCUGCACCGACAAUUACCAAGACGAGGUCGACUGCCGUAAAACAAAAUCCAUCCUGACCAUGUUCAAGAAAAUGGAAGCCAGGAAUACGGGAGCUGCAGAUGAUGAAGAAGAGUCAGAUAUAGGUCCUCGUCCUUUGCACCGCUUUACUCCACCACCAGAAGGGGAAGACUACGACGAUGAAUAUUCUGACGAGGAAGGCGAGUACACUGACGAAGAAGGCGAGUAUAGUGACGAAGAGGAAGAUGAGGAAGGCGGUGCUCCAGGAAAAGCUCCGUAUAAAGAUGAACUUCUACAGAUGCUGAGUGCCCGCAAAGCUGCCGAGUUGCGCGCUAAGUUCGAGAAGUGGGAGGCAGAAGUUGACCGUCACAACGACAUCAAUAAAAGCAACGGCGUCGAGGAUGAAGAAGCGAUGCCUUCUCUAGACACGGCGCGCAACCUUAAGGCGAUGUUCGAGGAGAAGGCGCAAGAAGCGGCCAAGCCACAAGUCAGGGAACGGGCCAAAGUCAACAGAUUUGUGGGCGGCGGAGGAGACCAGUGCCCAGCAUGCAGCAAGACGGUGUACGCGAUGGAGAAGUUCGAGGUCCAGGGCAAGAUUAUCCACAAGACCUGCUUCAAGUGCUGCAAGUGUAACAGCCCGCUCAGCAUGGUGACGUUUACGAUGGGUGGUGGCAAGCUCUACUGCAACUCUCACUACAAGCAGCUCUUUACUGAGAAGGGUAACUACGAUAGCAUCCUGUCCGGCUCCGGCGCAUCCACUGUUCAGCAGUAGAUAUUUUCACGUGCGAUUGUCAUGUGAAACAUUAGAAACGCUACUGAAAUUUUCUGAAAUUUUGGGUCACUUAGAAGGGUAACUACGAUAGUAUAUUCUCCGGCGCAUCCACUGUUCAGCAGUAGCAAUUUUCACGCGCGAUUGUCAUGUGAAACAUUAAAAACGCUGCUGAAAUUUUCUGAAAUUUUGGGUCACUUAGAAGGGUAACUACGAUAGUAUAUUCUCCGGCGCAUCCACUGUUCAGCAGUAGCAAUUUUCACUCGCGAUUGUCAUGUGAAACAUUAAAAACGCUGUUGAAAUUUCCUGAAAUUCGGGUUCACUUAGAAGGGUAACUGACGAUAGUAUCCUCUUCGGUGCAUCCACCGUCCAGCAGUAGUAAUUUUCACGUAUAAUUGUCAUGUGAAACAUUAAAAACGCUGCUAAAAUUUUCUGAAAUUUGGGUUCUUAAUUAGGGAAAUGGUACUACAUUUUUGGUUCAAACAGCGGAGCCUUUUAUAGUCUAAACAGAACGCGGAUCUUGUUCAUUGCAAGAAACUUUUUGUUCUGAAAUUAAGAAACAUAUUAUUCUUGAAAUCAGUGCUUUACAGUCAACAUUGGUUGUCAUGUUAUGCUCAAAUUACGUUGCAGUUUCCCAUUGAAGUUCAUAAUCAAGCCUUCAGUCCUUAUUAUUUUAAUAAUUUUGCCCUAAUAUUGCAGCACUUUAUCCCUUGAAACUGCUUCACCUAGAUGCCUACGUGUUUUGAUUUUUACAAGUCUGAGAAAUUCAAAUGAAUUUCAAAAGGAAUUUGUUAAGUCACUAUUUAUUAGAAGUUUAAGUGACUUCUACUCAAGUCGUAUUCUUGGAAGAUAUCAAAGUUUACUAGAUUUAUUAAGAAUAUUGAUGUUUGAUUAGAGCGUGCACAUGACUACUCAAGAAAGAAAUAAUGAUUAUAGCUCAGAGGUUAAGAGAUUAUAUACUUUAAGACCAGAGAUAACACCUCGUGAAAACAUAUUAAACAGACACCUCGUUAAAUCAAGGAACGUUUGAUUUAAAUGUUAAUGGUAAGUUUCCAGUUUCAUUUGUCGAUGACGCUACUCAAUUCAUACCGUCAAUAACAUAGACAAAAUUUUUUGCUCUAGUCCGGUAAAAAUAUCCCGAUCAAUUUUCCCAACAAAAUUUCCUCCAACCAUCGCUUCAAUUUCCCGAAUACAGAUAUUGCGAAUACAGUUAAAUAAUCGUUAAAAAAAUCUAUCCCCAUUUCCAAAGCACAAAUGACUUUUUCUCAAUCGAACGAAUGCUUUCUUCUCCUAUCCCAAUUCCUAAUCGAUCUUUCCUGAACUAAGUUUUCACCGAGUUUUUUUUUAUGUUUUCGCGUGUACUAUUUGCUAAUUACUGGUAAAAUUCUAUCGCAAAUCACUUACUUUUGCUCAUAAGUUGAAACACAACUGCGGAUAUCAUUUAUACACAAUGAUCUAGCCUCGACAUUUUUCGAACGCGUUUUAUUUUUGAAAAUGUAUUGAUAUAGAAAAAAUUAUCGAUUCUGGUUAGAUAGUUGGAAUACAUACGAAAAAAACUCUGUGGAAUCGAGGGAUGUCGGAGGAGGGAUGUCGUUUCUCGACAUCCCUCUUCCUCUUAGUUGGCAACUGGAAUAAGUUUGCAAUAAGUUUUAGAAGAUUUUCUUCCAUCUCUACCUGUUGAUGGUCAUAGUUUUUUUCUGUUUAUUUCUUUUGGCAUACAUAUUGAGUAUUGUACCUAAUUCAAGGUAUAUGUGUCAUCGCAUGGAAGAUUUUAUCAAAACUUUAUUCCCAUUUAAAAAAUAGCAUGUAGCGCUACACAAAUUCUGUGUAGAUAUUAUUUGCCUUGUUUACUGGAUUAUUCUAAUUAACAUUUUUGAUUCGGAGAAAAUUGUAAUAUUUGAUAUUGCCUGGUCGGUAUGACCAGGGAAUAUCAAAUAUUGCAAUUUUUGGCAUUUUUGAAAGCUAUUUGUCUUUUCAUGUAAU